AGUUAAUAAUAAUAAUAAUUAUCAGAGAUAAAAAAAUACAUAGAUGUUUCAACAUUUUGUUUACAAUUUGUAUUGAGAGAAUUUUAGGAACUCUUUGUGCAUCUGUUAUCAAUAACAGUAAGAACGCUGUUAAUUAGCAGCGAUUUGCAUGCUUGCCGAUUCAUUUUCAUUAUUUGUAUGUGACAUCGCAUUUUUUCAAACGUUUGCAAAGCCAAAGUAUAUAAAAUCUGUGGUCUUAAAUGAAUAUGGGUUAUGGUAUGUAAUUAGAUCUUUAUCUAUCAAAAAUGACCAGAGAGCACGUAUGUAUGUUACAUAUAUAAUUUGUUUUCUUCUUCUCGUUUCAUUUAAAAAAAUUCAAGAAAUCUAAAUUUCAUGUUCGCCCAAGUACGUUGACGAAUUCGGAUGAAACUUCUCAUAUCGAGAAAUGAGAAUUCAAGGGCAAGCAUACAAGUGGCUACUAAUUAACCGCAUAGCUAAUGUUACUGAUAACAGUUAUAUAAAGAGUCCCUAGGAUUCUCCUAAUAUCGAUUUCGAACAAAAUGUUGAAAUAUCUAUAUAUUUGAUUGUCUCUGAUAUUAUACAAUAUUACCAUAUUUACCAUAUGUUUUGUUAUUAAAGUUUAUCGCAACAGUCUAUGGAAGAAAACACAAUGAAGCAGCGAAAAAUGAAGCAUUACCUUCGCAUUCAUUACUCACAAUGUGUUCAACUUUCAUUCAUUCCUAUGCCUGCCAAUCAACCGUUGCCUUUUUGUGUUUUCCCUAUGUGUGCUUAUUACAUAAACUUUAAUUCCCAUUUCGAAAAAUGCAAAUCGCAGCGAAUAAAUUUACAGAGUCGACAGGUGAGUCCUAUAGUGUAAACGGUAUGUUUUUUUAAGUCGUUCCGCAUCAUUGCAAAGCCUUGAGCCAAAUAAAGGAAAUAUUGAAGAAAAAAAAACCAAUUCAUUAAAAGAGAAAGCGACUAGAUCAUAACGCCAUAAAAUAUGGAUACUGAGAACAAAAAUAAUAUAAUACUUUCCUCUUUGGUUGUCAAUGGCCUUAAGCUUUUGUGUUCCACAAUUCCUUUAGAUUUAACGAGGAAACUUCUAUUAAAUUGUGUUAAAUUAACUUUGCAUCCCGACGCAUCUAUUCCACCAGUACCUGAAAUUUAUUUCAAGAAUAGCGAAGAGGCAAAACAGAGCGAAUACGCUGUAAUUACAUUGUUUGCAUUGGCUACAAAACAUGCCUUAGAUAUGUUAUCAUUAAGACAGCUAUUGGAAGAUCAACAACUGAGUCAAGUUAUCAUUGAUGAACUUGUGCGAACGUAUGAAGAACACCGUCAGGAUUUUGUUCUGCGUCAGCUUAAUUUAGGGCACUAUUUACCGAAUAUUACUGAUGUCCAAUGGCGCAUCAUGGCCGAUGUAAAGUCAUCCACUUCAAGCCAAAGUUCUGGAGAAGUUGGCUUCCAUAUCAAUUUGGGUUGCUAUCAUCCACAUAGCGGGGACAGAGAAUCAAUUGUAGAAUUUGUUUGUAACACAGAGGAAAUACAUCUUCUAAUUAAUAAACUUAAAGAUGUCGAAAGACAAUGCGAAAAGCUAGCAAAGGAAUAGAACAUCAUUGUAUUACAUAAAUAAUUACAUGAAAACAAUUUUUAAGAAAUCUAAAAUAUUCUAUAAAGCUUCAAUUAAACAAAUAUCAACAAUAAAC